GGUAACUGGAUUGUCGAUGAUCAUAAUUAUCAAUAGUCCUUCAAAUGUGUUGUUGUAAACGAAAACCUGUAGUUUAAUUAGAUAUUAACUUAAAUGGUACACGUUUAAAGUGACUCGUAUUUAUUUCAGCCGUCAUCAUGCCUACCACAAACGAAGCAGGUGAACGAAUGAAAAAGUUCAAGAACAAAGGCAAAGACCCAGUGGAGCUGAGACGACAGAGGAUAGAGGUGAACAUUGAACUGCGCAAGACCCAGAGGGAAGAGCAGAUUCUCAAGAGGAGGAAUGUAGGCUCUCUCCCUGAUGAUGAACCGCUCUCUCCAGAUCAGCAGAAACAGGCCAACGAAAAGGUUUCUGCUGCCACCAUUGAGGAAAUCGUUGCCUGUGUGAGCAGCAGCAGCAUAGAGCAGCAGACCAGAGGAACCCAGGCAGCAAGAAAGCUGCUGUCCCGUGAGAGGAACCCGCCCCUGAAGGAGAUCAUUGAGGCAGGGCUGAUCCUCAAGUUUGUAGAGUUCCUGGGCAGGGAUGACGAGCACAUCCUGCAGUUUGAGGCAGCCUGGGCUCUCACCAACAUCGCUUCCGGGACGUCCUGGCACACACAGAAGGUGGUGGAGGGGGGGGCUGUCCCAGCGUUCAUCGCACUGCUAUCCUCUCCCCACAUGCACAUCAGCGAGCAAGCUGUGUGGGCCUUGGGGAACAUUGCAGGUGAUGGUCCAGUAUAUAGAGAUGGCCUUAUUGACUGCAAUAUUGUUCCUGCACUGUUGACGCUGGUCACUCCAGAUACACCUGUUGGCUUCCUCCGAAACAUCACCUGGACCAUGUCCAACCUGUGCCGCAAUAAGAACCCUUACCCUCCCCUGACUGCAGUGCAGCAGAUCCUGCCAACGCUCAUCCAGCUGCUGCACCACGAGGACAAGGACAUCCUGUCUGACACGUGCUGGGCUGUCUCCUACCUGACCGAUGGCUCCAAUGACCGCAUUGAUGUCGUGUUGAAAACGGGCAUUGUUAACCGACUCGUCCAGCUCAUGGCAUACCCAGAGCUGGCUGUUCUGACCCCAGCUCUUCGGGCCAUUGGGAAUAUUGUGACUGGAACAGACAACCAGACGCAGAUGGCCAUUGAUGCUGGCGUGCUGUCAGUCCUGCCUUCGCUUCUGCGCCACCCCAAGUCCAGUGUGCAGAAGGAGGCUGCCUGGACCGUGUCCAACAUUGCAGCUGGACCGUCCCCACAGAUCCAGCAGCUCAUUACCUGUGGCCUCCUCCCUCCAUUAGUAGACCUGCUGAAAAAUGGAGACUUCAAGUCUCAGAGGGAGGCUGUUUGGGCUGUGACCAACUACACCAGUGGUGGGACUGUGGACCAGGUGGUGCAGCUAGUCCAGUGUGGGGGGCUGGAGCCCCUGCUAGCCCUUCUUGCGGUCAAGGACAGCAAGACCAUCCUGGUAGUCAUGGAUGCUAUCACCAACAUCUUUAUGGCAGCAGAUAAGCUGGGUGAGAUUGAGAAGCUGUGCCUGCUGGUAGAAGAGCUGGGGGGACUGGACAAGAUUGAGGCCCUGCAGAGCCAUGACAAUGAGUCUGUGUACCGAGCAGCACAGGCUCUCAUAGAGAAGUAUUUUGAAGAGGAGACUGAUACAGAAGCCCUGAAGAUGGGGGCUACAGCGACAGAUUAUGUUUUCCAGGCCCCAGAAGUGCAGCAAAAAUUCACUUUCUGACGGAGAUGCUGUGAAUUGCAUUGCUUUCCUCUCGUCUAUCGGCAGUUCAUAUCUUCUGAAGUCGUGUGUUUUUUGUGUAUUGGUAACAAUGCUCUAUUAAAUUGCAUAUUUAAAAAUCUAAUAUGUAUAUAGGACCUCUUGUGAAAUAUUUGUGGAUG